AUGAAGAACAAGGAGGGAUGGGACGGCAAGCUACGGGUUGAGGCCAAGCAGGCCGUUAUCACGAACCCUGAGGCCCUGGAGGACUCCGACUACUCGGACCCGGAGGCGCCGCCUGUGGAAGAGAUCGACGCCGACGAGGAUCUGUUGGAAGAUGAGGACCCAGAAACAGAGGAGAUCGAUCUCAUUCACAUGCGUAUCAAGUCCCUUGCCGCGCUGCGCUUGGAACGGUUCUCUAAACUUCAGAGGUUAUGUUUUCGCCAGAACGAAAUCUCUCGUAUCGAAUUUCCAUCCAAUGUCGCCGCGACGCUAAAAGAACUCGACCUCUACGAUAAUCUCAUUUCGCAUAUCAAGAACCUUGACGAAUUCGAUUUGACGACCUUGGAUCUCAGCUUCAACAAGAUUAAGCAUAUCAAGAAUGUGUCACAUCUGAAAAAGUUGACGGAUCUGUUCUUCGUGCAGAACAAGAUCUCUCGCAUCGAAGGGUUAGAGGGAUUGACUGAGUUGCGGAAUCUGGAGCUUGGAGCCAAUCGUAUUAGGAACCUCGAUGCCCUAUCCAACCUCCGCAUCAUUUCCAUCCAAUCGAACCGUCUCACCAAGCUAACGGGCCUCUCCGGCCUGCCCAAGCUGGAGGAACUCUACUUCUCCCACAACGCGGUGACCGAUCUCUCCGGCCUUGAAGAGAACACCACUCUGCGCGUCCUUGAUUUCUCCAACAACCAAAUCUCGCACCUCGAGCAUCUAUCGACCCUCAGGAACCUGGAAGAGGUGUGGGCAUCGAACAACCAGCUAUCCAGCUUCGAGGAAGUCGAACGCGAGCUGAAGGAUAAGGAGAAGUUGCAAACCGUCUACUUUGAAGGGAACCCACUACAGAUGAAUGGUCCUGCUGUGUAUCGGAAUAAGGUCCGGUUGGCAUUGCCGCACAUCACCCAGAUUGACGCAACUUACGUGCGCGUUUAA